AGUUCAGUGUGGAUUGUCGUUGGUGAAAGACGUGUUGGAAAAUCUCACAGUAAAAAAGAAGAGUUUCAGUCUUCAAAAGGAAUCACUUACAGAAGUGCUCAUCCCUCAUUUCCUAUCCAAAAUUCAUCCUUCAUCUUCUCAUAGAAACUUUUCCUACAAAAGUUAUUAAACACUGAAGAAAAAUUCUCAACCCCCCACAAAUUGAGAAAAGUCAAGAGUUUCUCCUUCGAAGAGGCCACCCUCGUAAAGUUCAUUGAGUGAUUAGUGGAGGAAAAUUCCUAUACAGAGACAACUCCUUGUCGUAGAACGAAUUUUAAUGUGGCAGAACUUAUAUUGACAAAAGAUUAUUGGUGUGAAAAUCAAUGAAAUCGAAAGUGUGAUUGGAAAAUUUUGGAGUGUGUAAAUAUUUUAGCAUCACUUGAGGACAUCGACAUGUAAUGAGAGUGAAAGUGUGGGUGAAAAAAUGGGCUGUUUUAGCCAUCUUUUGCUGGCGCUGCACGUUCUAUGCUUAGGAAAAGGUGUGAGGUUAUUAGAUCUGCAAGGACCAGUUUUUCUUCAUGAACCCCCACAUCGUGUUGAGUUUUCCAACAAUUCACUUACGACAAUCGAAUGCUCAGGCAGCGGAAGUCCUGCACCAGAGGUGGAAUGGUCGCCCGUUCUGCCCCAUCAAGACUUGGUAUUUCCACUGGCGAAUGGGAGUCUCUUGUUUUACCCAUUUUCGGCAGAAAAAUAUCGUCAUGAGAUACACUCGACUGUUUACAGGUGCAAACUGAAGAAUUUGGUUGGAACUAUUACCAGUCGUGAGGUUCACGUCAAAGGAGUUGUUAAUCAGAAAUACACAGUUCAGGUGCACGAUGAAUACGUCAUGACGGGAAAUACGGCGGUUCUCAAGUGCCAGGUACCGAGCUAUAUGGCAGACUAUGUGAUGGUGACGGCGUGGGUGCAAGAUACUGGAAUGCAUCUCUAUCCUAACACGGACAUCGGUGGGAAGUACACUGUUCUACCCAAUGGGGAUCUGUACAUCAGCAAUGCCGGGCCCAGUGAUGGCUUUAAGACUUACACGUGCCGAGUGGUUCAUCGACUGACAGGUGAAAUGCAGGUAUCCGCGUACCCGGGCAGGAUAAUCGUGACGGAACCCAAGGGAAUUGUACAGCCACGAAUAAAUGUUGAGAAGCAUUCAUCGCGACAUGUGACACUCAAUGGACACAUUACGUUGCCUUGUGUGGCCCAGGGACACCCCGUGCCGACCUACAGGUGGUUCAAGGAGGAGAAUGAACAAUUACUGCCUGUGCAGCUUAGCGAUCGCCUCACAAUCCUAGCAGCUGGUCUGCUUAAGAUUCAGAAGGCACGUCUCGAGGACACUGGAAAGUACCUCUGUUGGGUCAACAACUCAGCCGGCGAAGAGACAAUCCAAGUCAUGCUCACCGUUUCAGCUCCACUGACGGCCCACCUUCAGCCCCAGGUGCAGACGGUGGAUGUGGACAGAGACGCCCAUUUGCAGUGCAUAGUGUCAGGUUUCCCCGUGCAAGACAUUGUGUGGCUGCACGAUGGAAAACCAAUCUUGCGAGACAAUAGAAUUGAAAUUCACUCAGAACCACCACGAAUCAUCAUCAAGAGAGUGCAAAAGGACGAUCAAGGAAUGUACCAGUGUCUUGUAACAAAUGAUUGGGAACAAAUUCAGUCUACGGCUGAAUUGAAACUCGGAGAUGCAUCACCGGAACUUCUUUAUUGGUUCUCGGAACAAACACUCCAACCAGGACCGACAGUGUCUUUGAAAUGUGUCGCCACUGGAAAUCCCCCGCCACAGUUUCAGUGGACAUUGGACGGAUUUCCGAUUCCGGACAGUUCACGCUUUCUUGUUGGACAAUAUGUGACCAUUCACGAUGAUGUGAUAAGUCACGUCAAUAUAUCCAAUGUUAAGGACGAAGAUGGAGGAGAAUAUUCCUGCACAGCCCAGAACAGUAUUGGAAAAGUUUCGCAUAGUGCCAAAGUAAAUAUCUACGGACCACCGUUCAUUCGAGAGAUGCCCAAGAUUACUGGGGUAUCUGGGAAAGACUUAGUAAUAAAAUGCCCAGUAGCUGGAUAUCCAAUUGACAAGAUUCACUGGGAGAGAGACGGACAAACUUUACCGAUUAACCGUAGACAACGCGCCUAUGCGAACGGAACGCUAAUCAUUGAGCAGUUACAGAGACUUGAGGAUGCAGGGACAUACACGUGCAUGGCACAGAGUCGAGAAAAGCAAACUGCAAGGCGAAACGUUGAGAUUCAGGUUUUAGUACCGCCGAAAAUCAUGCCAAUACAAGCCAUGACGAACAUGCUUAGGGAAGGUAUGAGAGCGGCAAUCUCAUGCCAAAUCCUUGAAGGUGAUCUUCCUGUAAGCUUUCGAUGGGAACGUAAUGGAAAACCGGUAAUUGGGACGGGAAAUGAGGUGAUAAGGCGUCUGGAUGAGUAUUCAGCUAGUUUAGUAGUAGAACACAUAUCGUCCGAACAUUCUGGCAACUAUUCUUGUAUCGCAAGCAAUGUUGCAGGAACGGAAAAGUUCACAGUACCACUGACAGUCAACGUUCCACCAAAAUGGGUGAUUGAACCUAAAGAUUCAGCAGCUCAAGCUGGGCAUGAUGUUAUGCUACUGUGCGAAGCAGAUGGCUAUCCAAAGCCCAUCAUCACCUGGAAGAAAGCCAUAGGUGCAAGUCCAGGUGAAUACAAAGACUUUCUCUAUGAACCCAACGUAGUGCAGUACCCAAAUGGAACGAUUCACUUUAAGAAAAUCACAAAAGAGAGUCAGGGACACUUUUUGUGUGAAGCCAAGAAUGAAAUUGGCUCGGGGGUGAGCAAAGUGAUUUUCCUGAAAGUUAACGUGGCUGCCCAUUUUGCCAUGAAGAACAAGCAAAUCUUUAUAGCUCGCGGAAAGCAAGUUCACAUCCAAUGCAAUGUUCAGGGUGACACCCCAAUCGAUUUAAAGUGGCGCAUACAAAAUUCACAGCAACAUCUCGAUGAAUCUAUUGAUGCCAGGUACACGAUUAGGGAACAAAAUCUCGACGAUGGAAUGGUUUCUGAACUUGGAAUUUCUCACACAUAUCGCCAAGACACAGGCAUGUACAUUUGUCAAGCAAGCAAUGCUUUUGGACAGGAUGAGCUGUCCAUACAUUUGAUAGUUCAAGAGGUUCCUGAACCACCAAAGAAUCUCCGUAUUAAUGCUCAACAAUCUCGAAGUCUUCAACUCACAUGGAGUACUCCAUUUGCCGGUAAUAGUCCAAUAGAGGAGUUCCAUGUGCAGUAUAAAUUAAUUGCGGAUACGUGGCAGACUUCAGAAAGGAUAACUGUGAGUGGAUCGCAAACGGUAAUAACGAUAUCGAACUUAAAACCUGCGAAGACAUACCAUAUUCGAAUGGCGGCAGAAAACAAGCUAGGUGCGUCGGAUUUCUCUGAGAUUGUUCAAGUUACAACACUUGAGGAAGUCCCUUCAGGACCUCCUCUAAAUGUCAGAGGAGAAGCUAGAAGUUCGACUGAGAUAUUUGUCUCAUGGGAAGCUCCAGAACUUGAUCACAGAAAUGGGAAUCUCUUAGGAUACUAUGUAGGAUACCAGAUGGCAUCGAUGCGUACUGAGGUUAAUCCUACGCAAGGCUAUAACUUCAAAACGGUCGAGGUCCGUUCGCAUUUUGGAGGCGAAACUACUCUUAUUAAUCUCAAUAAGUUCACUCAGUACCACGUUAUUGUUCAAGCUUACACUAGCCAAGGUAGUGGUCCCCAGAGCGAAGAAAUACUGGUAAAUACCUUAGAAGAUGUUCCUACGAGUCCACCUGAAAGCCCAAAAUGCGACGUCUUAUCUUCAACAUCGAUUUACAUUACUUGGUCACCACCCAGCAUUGAUGGCCAGAAUGGAAAGAUCAAGGGCUACAAAGUCUCAUAUAUCUCAGUAGAGGAUCUCUACGAAAAGGAUCCUCAUACUGUAAAGUCAACUAAUCAGUACCUAACUGUUGAUAAUCUUCGUAAAUUCACCAACUACACGGUAUGGGUUUUAGCUUACACCAAAAUUGGUGAUGGCGUUAAAACCAAAUUAUUCUUCUGUACAACUCAUGAAGACGUUCCCUCAGCUCCUUCAGCUAUCAAAGCCAUUCCUGCUUCAAGCACCAAAAUCAUUGUGUCCUGGUUACCACCUCUCAAUCCAAAUGGAGAAAUUACCGGUUACACAUUCUACAUGUCUGUUUUCGAAGGUGGUCGAGAUGAGGGAACCCAUAAGAAAAUCUUAGGACCUUACGUUGAAAUGCAUGAAACACAGCGACUUCAAGAUGGAGCAACGUAUCAAUUUUGGUUAACAGCUUCAACUAAAAUAGGUGAAGGUGAUAAGACUAAAGUUGUUACAGUUCAACCAAAUAACAAGGUCCCUGCAAGGAUAGUCUCCUUCAGUAGACGAAUAGUUACUCCGUGGAAACAAGAUUUGGUACUCCCUUGUAAGAAAGUAGGAGUUCCAGCUCCUGUAACAGUCUGGCGUCAAGACGGGCAUUCCAUGGAUACAAACUCAAGGAAGUCUAUAGCAAAGAAUGGAACACUUACGAUUAGAGACUGUCAGCAUGCAGAUGGAGGAAAUUAUACGUGCAGUGUGGAAAAUACUUGGGGAAAGGACGAAAUUAUCUACCAUUUGGUCAUUAAGGUCCCUCCAGAUCCACCUAACUUGACCGUUAUCAGUACAUAUACAGACAGCCUCAUGCUUGAAUGGACAGACAACAAGAACGGAGGAAGCCCUAUUCUAGGCUACGUCAUCAACUACAAACGCGACAAUGGUGAUUGGGAAGAAUUGCAGAUUGAUUCCAAAACCAAUUCUCACCUUUUGGGGAAUUUAUGGUGCGGUACGCGAUAUCAGUUGUACAUAACAGCAUUGAAUAAGAUCGGAACAGGACUUCCAUGUGACAUUGUCAACUCCUUUACAAAGGGUAACGCACCCGUUCAGCCCAAGCACAACCAAAUGAUUACCAACAACUCUACGAGUGUCACAUGUUGGCUGGAUUCGUGGGGUGAUGGAGGCUGUGGUAUUCUCUAUUUCGUCAUCGAGUACCGUCCAUUUGGGCGAUCCCACUGGAAUAUGGUGGCAGGACAUGUGGCGCCCACAGAACGAAUUUACACGGUCAAUGACCUGUCGCCAACCACAAAGUAUCAACUUCGAGUUACUGCCCACAACAACGCCGGAUCAACCGUAGCCAUUUACAACUUUACAACUCUCACACCACAAGGAAUUGUUUAUCCCGGCGAUCAUCCCCCUUCGGUCUCACACAAUUUAGGGGAGAGUGCCUUCUAUGCAAAUUUCAAGGUUCUUCUGCCCGUCUCACUCUCCAUUCUCAUCCUCCUCAGUCUCAUCGCGGCUGUUCUUCUCAUAAGAAAACGAAAAAUGAACGCACAAAAUCGAGUACCAUCGUCAUCGAUCUCCGAAUCACCUUCACUGGCUAAUCUGCAAAACAAGGCAAACAGGGAUCAGCAGUACUUGGCUGUGAGGUGCAAUCAGGGCAGUAAUAGAAACAGCAAUUCAGCGGAUUCGGGAAGUUUUAAGGCCGAAGGCAACGAGUACAUCGAGGACAUUUGUCCAUAUGCAACGUUCCAGCUCAACAAACAAACCUACAGCGAAAGUUCAUAUAGUGGAAAUGUCUACAGUGGACCAUAUCAUUCCGUUCGAGGUUCCUUCGUCUAUCACGACGUCAAGACGGACAACUAUCACAGCAAAGAGCCCGAAUACACAAAAGUACGCCGAAAAGGUGGACGGUUGAGGGAUCCUCAUUCGGAGAGUCAAGAAUCGGACAAUCCAGGUUCAACAGAUUCCGAAGUGAGGAAAAUCUUAACGCUUCACAUACCAAUUACAGAAUACGACACCUUGGGCUCCGAAUCCGACAACGAAUUGACCUCUCGGGCUGUCAAUCAAAAGAAAUAUCGACCACAGAGAGAUUCUCAGGAUGAGACAUCAUCGUCAUCGGAAAAUUCACCCUCGAACAUAUCAACAAGAAAAGCUAAACCACCCUAUUCAGCACGAAAGGGCGCCAAACCCGCGCAAAAUCUACCAAAGAGACACGUUCGAAGUUCUAGCGGCUACUCAAGUCACAACGAGGAAACGACAUUCAGUAUAUCGAACUAUCCGAAUUAUUCCGACGACCACAUAAAUCCACCGCACCAUUUUCUGGACUCACCUUCGGGGGUAACCGGUGAGAAGAAGACCAGCCAUUCACCUCGAAUUCGAUCCACGCAGAAGCUCCAACGAGAAGCUUUUCAAAUUAAUGUAUAAUAAUGCACCACGUAUGGGGAAUACCUUGUUUAGCCAGAGAUUGGGUUAAACGGAGCAUAAAGUUAUAGAAAUUGUUAAUGAAUAGAGAGAAAACCAGCUUGAAAUAUGCGAAUGAUUUUAUGACAAAAAAUGGAAAUAAAACAUGUAAUAUAUUAAUGAAAGAAAAAUCUUUAAGAGAAAAAUAAAAAAAGAGGUAGAUAGAAAUAUUUUUUAGCUCAAGUAUUUGUUGAUUUUAUACGUUUUUACUCAUAUAUUUAAACAUAUAUUUUUUAAUUAUAAUACUGAUGAAUCAAUUCUGUAAAUAAACUUAUUGAUCGUAUUUAAUGCGCUCCUUAACAAAUUAUAGUUCAAUUUUAUAAAUUGAUUCAUUUGUGAAGCAACCUUUUUGGAUGAUGGUAACUAGCCAAUAAAAAAGAAAGAACAGGAGCUACUUAGGAAAAACAUAGUGAUGAUAUAUUUAUGAUUAUGACUUGACAUAUCUUGAUAAAAAUGGAAGACGAUAAAUUAAGAAUUUUUUGUCGUAAAUACAAAAAAACAUUCACGUUCCAAUACUAAUUUAUUUAACAGCCAAAAAAAAACAAGAACUGGUAAAUAUCUAAUACACUGAUUAAAAAUAAACGACUGUCUUUCAAUUUUGUAAAAAUAUUUUAAAAAGAAAUAAAUUAUUGCAUAACAAUUUAAGACAUACUGAAUAUAAUGAAGGAAGCAGGAAUGUGCCAAAAAAAACUUUUCUAUAUGCGAAUAUAAACAGAAGACAUUAACUCAUUUUUACACUCAACUAAUUUGUCAUUCCUUUUGCCAUAAACAAAAUAAUAGCCCAAGAAAUAACAUCUAGAAAUGACAAUAUAAUAAUAAACUAAUUAAAUAAAUAUCAUAAAUUUUUUUGUUACACCAUGACUCAUACACACAAAAAAUGGGAAAAGAAAGCAAGUUAAAAAUAAUAAAAGUGUAAAGGUGCAGAGAAAAUAUUAUAAUAGGAAAAAAAUAUAAAAAAAAUUAUUCAUAUAUUGAACAUAUUGAAAAUUUUAAAGAAAUAUAAAUAAAUGUGCUGAAAAAUGAGGAAAAAAAAUAGAAGGUUGGUUCACAAUGAGUUCUCAGCGAAUUUGAGAAAGGAAUAAACACUUUAAUUCAUUUUACUUUUAAUUAAAUCACUUGAAAUGCCUGAGAAGCCAAAAUUAUAAACAAAUUCUUGUUUUCCUUUUAGGGGAAAGUGCCCAUGCUUUACAGGGUCCCAAGCUUUAUAAUGACUGAUUUUUUCCUAUGUUUUUCAAUAAAUAUGACUCAUUGCACCCAAAUUUUAAAAACUAGUAAAAACUAUUUAAAAUAUAUUGCGGAGUCACAUUUAUUCAGAAACAUAGGAAAAAUUUAGUCAUUAUAAAGCUUGGGACCGUGCAAAGCAGGGGCACUUUCCGUUAUACUAAAAAAAUAAUACUUUUGUUUUGAUCAUUUACAUACCAAUUUUAAUUUUUACUUAUUAAAAUUAUUAUAUACUGACCAAAAUAUAGCAGCCAAAGGCAAAAGCCUUCAAAUUCGCUUUUCAUUUUCAAAAUUGCUACAUUGAGAGAAAUCCGAAAAAGUUAAAAUAACAUUCCGGAAAUGUUAAUUUUACCCUGCAGUAUUGAUCCAAAAUCGGUGUAAAUAUUACCCUUUUCAGGUGGAUUGGGGGUUAAAGUUAACCUUUUUCAUGUUAAUUUUACCCUUAAAAAAGGUGUAAAAUUAACAUUAAAAAAUGUUGAUAUAUUUUUACACCUAAAAAGUGUUAAAGUUAUAAGGAUAAAAAGUUAAUCGCACCCUCUUUUUUUUCUCAGUGUGUAUAGAGCCUUAACUCCCAUGUCCUGUGAGGCUCUAGACUCUAGACAAACUGGCAAAGCAAGAAAAUUCUAAAUUUGACCAAUAUGAGGAAGACUUGGAACUAAGCCAGACGAUUUUGAAAAAAGAACGACUUUUUCUAAGCUGCCCCAUUCUCCAAUGCUCACCGGUUCCCAAUCGUUCUAACAAAUUGGUUGUUUUCAUCAGCAAGAUAUGUAGAUUGUUUUUAAAUCCAUAAAAAUAUAAGUCAUUAAAAUUAUAUUAUGAUACUUGCUGAAGGAAGUUCUAUCCUAUAAAUAAGUUAUUGACGGUUUCAAUUCCGAUUAGGGGGAAGUGGGGUACCUUUGAAAGUGGAGCACCUUUGAAAUUGGGAUUUUUCACCUAUUUUUAAAUAAAAUUGAGACUAAUCGGGAUAUAUUUUUGAUUUUCAAUGUGUUUGUGCAGCUAAAUUUUAUAACGAUAAGGCUCAAUUUUAUUAAAAAAAAAUAGGUGAAAAGUCCCAAUUUCAAAGGUGCCCCACUUCCCCCUACUUUAAUUAGUACGGGAUUUAACUUUAAAGCCUUCAGAGCAAAGGGAAUUUGGACUUGUAACAAAUCUAUACAACAAAUGCAAAGAUAAAUAUUUUUGGUCAGUUAAAUAAAAUUCAGUAAAAACGGGAAAUCGCUCAUACAAUAUAGGUUCAUAAUUGAUUUGGUUAGUUUCAUUUAAAAAUAGGAGAAAAAAGCUCUAUUUCAAAGGUGUCCCAAUUCAAAUGUUCUCCACUUCCCCAUAUCUCAAAAAUUUAAAAAGUUACUUGGACCUAUUUUUAGAUCACUAAAAAGUUUUAUAACUUUUUAAAUUUCUUUUUCCAAACAAAAUAUCACAUUUAAAUUUUUUCGUUCAAUUCGUUCGACUAAGUUCGAUUUCCGAGAAAAAAUAUUGCAAUAUUUUUUAAAUGUUAUGAAAUUCUUUUCACUACACUGAGAGAAAUCCGAAAAAGUUAAAAUAACAUUCCGGAAAUGUUUAUUUUACCCUGCCCUAUUGAUCUGAAAUCGGCGUAAAUAUUAUGCUUUUUAGGUGGAUUAGGGGUUAAACUUACCCUUUUUUAUGUUAAUUUUACACUUAAAAAGUGUAAAAUUAACAUUAAAAAAUGUUGAUAUAUUUUUACACCUAAAAAGUGUUAAAGUUAUUAGGAAAAAAAGUUAAUCGUAUCCCCGUUUUUUUCUCAGUGUAAAAGAAUAUGUAAAACUUUAGAUGAUAUUAAAAAAAACAACUUUAAGCACAAUCAAAGAUAAUUUUACAAAAUUUAAAAAAAUAAAAACUAAACAAGGCUCAAAAUCACAAUAGAAACCAGUCAAAGCAGUAACCGUUUACUUUAUAAACCUUAACAAAAUAAUUUCAGCUCUGUGUAUGGAAAAAGGAAAAGUGUCUCGGAUAGAGGAAAUAUGGUAUGUUGUCCGAGACAAUCAAUAUUGUCCAGGGUUAAUUUUUGGCUCAUAAUGCUCGUGAAUAUGAUCUCAGAAUUGAGUUUUUAACAUUAUUGAGAAAUUUACUGAACCAACCUGUAUGCUGUAAAUCUUCAGAAAUUAUUGUGAAUCAACCUAAAAAAAAUGCGCGUGAAAUUUAAUUUCUAUCAAAAGCAAAAACUUUUAACCCUCCUAACUUCUUCAAAAGAAAUUCCAGAAGAAAAAACCAUUGUAAAAUUAUAAAGUGAUUUUAUAGCAGAUUAAUUCAUAAAUUCCAUGUAAAAUUGUGAUUAGUUAAUCGAUAGUGAAUGAUUUGUUGCCAUGAACCUUUUUUUGUUCCUCGAGAUGGAUUUUUGAGAAAGAAAGAAAAAGAAACUCGACGAAGAAAUGAUAAUAAAUGUUAAUCGAUGAAGAGAAAA